AUGGGUAAGACGCUUCUAAGUUUAUGGGGGCUCAAACCGCCUGAUCCGCCGGUUUGUGCGGAUAAAAUAACCCAAGAUACGAGUAACAGUCUUUCGCUGCCGCUCAAUUUCGAAGAAACCCCCUCUGGCCCGCACAUGUCGCAGGCGACUCCUGAACAACCACACGACGCGAAUAUACCGGUCAAUAGCUUUCUUGCUCCCCAAAAAAGGCGUCCUGACGCUGAGGAUAACUCAAACACUCUUGAAAUCCGAGAAUUGACUCCUAGACCGAGUGUUAUGUGCACAAUACGAGCGCGCCCAGACAGGCUGAAGGCCAUAAAGCCUAAAGUACAUGGAUUUUUCCAAAAACGAGUAGCACCGCCUCCUUCAGAGCUCUCAAAAGAGCUAAAAAAUGUUGUAAUGCCAAGCCAGCCCGCUUGUUGGCCAAAGUACCAAUCGCGUCCCGAACGAUCCGACCAUGUUGACGCAUUACCACGUCGAAAACGGGCAAAGCUCCGGCAUGUUCCACAGGUACAUGGCCCAAGUGGCCCUGCUACACGCUAUGGACCUAAACUACCCUCGUUAUUACCCUAUAUUUCUGGACCGCUGCCUACUCGAACACUGAUGACCUCUGAGGAAGCGUGCCAGGUUGUGUCUUCGGGUAAACCAGAAGAAGACCCGCUACUUUUGAAAAUGAGGUCUAUAGCUGGUAUCCAGCAACCAUUUGAUCUUGGGGAUUGGGAAACCCAGAUGUGGUGCACAAAAUAUGCCCCGACAACGGUAUCUCACUGCAUCAAUUCCAGAGCAGGGAAGCUAGCGUAUCGGUGGAUCAAAAGACAGAUGAAGCUUCUAAAAAAUGGCCCAAUAGUUCCUCGCAGAGCGAAUGAAAUGACCGACUUCAUUGACGACGAAAACGCGAGCCUCAGCUACCUUUUGUUGCAUGGCCCUUCUGGUAUGGGUAAAACGGCUACAGUCUAUGCAGCAGCUCGCGAUCUAGGAGCGUUUGUAUUUGAAAUCAAUUCGUCACAAAAGCGAGGCGGAAAGGAAGUGUUGUCGUUGCUUGAUGGUAUUGGCCAUAGUCGAGCCGUGCACAAUAACAACGAAAGGAAAGACUGCAUUAUUCUUAUUGACGACGUGGAUGUGCUGUUUGAGUCAGAAGCUUCACUUUUCAAUACACUCGACCGCGUCGCACAAACGACUCGUCGCCCUAUAGUUCUCACUUGCCAGGAUCUGGACCGUCUGCCGUAUUCGGUGCUGGACACCGCAGAACACUUGUAUGUAGGCGCUCCAGAUCCUGUGCGAAGUGUUGAAUAUGCUUGGCUCGUGGCGUUUUGUGAAGGGCACCACCUCAGCAAAGAGGUGGUCGCCCAUACAGUCGUUCGAUACAAUGGUGACAUUCGGAAGUCCCUGACCCAUUUGCAGUUUUGGUGUCAAAUGGCAAUUGGAGGACGCCCUUCCAGCAGUGAUUGGCUUCUGACAGAACCUGGGUUUGACCGCGUCAUAAGCAUGAAUACUCCAGUUGAGCUGCCUGAAACGCAUGCCCUCGCAGCUUCUGCGCCUAUCACCGACGAAGUGACUGAGAUUCUGUCACUAUUUGACGCACAUCAUCGACAAAAAGUACUUCGCGAACCGUUUGCUGAUGGUCUUCAAGGUAUUCCCGAGCCGGGAUGGGUUGAAGUCCUGGACGCACCCGUAUAUAUCGAGGACCCCUUCCCCCAGAUUCAUCGUCGCUCACUACGUCAACUACGAGACACUCUGUGGCAUGCACAUAAUGACAAGCUAUUGGUUACAGAUUAUGCGCCGUAUGCUCGCCGAAUGGCGUUAGCAGAUCGUGCUCGCAACCAGAUGCUUGCCGAAGCAAACUCGGGCCGCCAAAGCCGCAGAUCAUGGGCCGCUCGUGGACUCGACGGUCGCCAGCAUCUCUCAAAUGGUGAACAAGUUUUGAGAUGGGGGUGGCCGGGCCAAAACUCAUUUCCAGAUUGCAUAUAA